AUGAGGACCCUUGCCCUCCUCUCUUCCCUUCUCCUCUUGGCCCUCCAUGCCCAGGCUCAGCCCCUGGGAGAGAAAGAUGACCACGUUCCUGCCCAGGACCAGCCUGGGGCCGACGUCCAGGGAAUGACCAUCUCCUUUGAGGGGGAUGAGCGUUCCACUCGAGAUGCUUCAGGCUCUAAGGCAACACUUGUCUGCCACUGCAGUCGCACCUUCUGCCAAAAUUCUUAUCAGGAACUUGGUACCUGUACUGGGAUCCCUUCUGGCACCCUCUACAGGCUUUGCUGUCGUCGUGGCUGAGCUUUGUGGAUUGAGACCCAAAGCAUCAAAGGAUUCCAUUUCAAGACCUGGAAAGGGGUUCACUCUUUGUACCUUCUGCUUUUUCUUAAUUCUCUCUCCAAAAUAAACUUCAAGCAUUGAA